AUGUUCAAAUUCGUCGUUGUCAUCUUCGCUGUCGUUGCCUGUGUUGCUGCUAAGCCUGGUCUGCUUAGUGCUCCAUUAGCUUACACUGCACCCGCUGCUGUUGUAGCUGCUCCAGCACCUUAUGUCACAGCCACAAGUAGUCAAUAUGUUGCCAGAAACUUUAAUGGAAUCGCUGCUGCACCAAUUGUUGCUGCUGCUCCAGUUGCUGCUGCUGCUCCAUUAGCUGCUGCUCCAAUUGUGAAAACUGUUGCACCUGUAGCUGCUCCUUUAGCCGCUGCUGCACCUCUGGCUGCUGCUGCUCCAUUGGCUUAUUCUGCUCCUGUUGUUAGUGCUGCUUAUGCUGCUGCUCCAGUUGGUUAUGUUAAUGCUCAUUUGGAUGCUGCUUAUGCUGCCGACAGUGUUCACAUCGGACAAAGAUACGAUGGCGCCAUUUUGCCAGCAACUUAUGCCGCUGUUUCUCCAGUUGCUGCUCCAGUAGCACCAGUUGCUCCAUUGAAAUAUACAGCCGCUCCUGUUUUGCUCUAA